AUGCCCUUCCCCUGGCAAUUCGACCUGAGCUUCAUCAUCUGCGCCCUCUCCCUUUGCCAGUGGCACCUGAGCUACCUGGCCAUAUUUUGGAUCUUGCAGCCCCUCCUUUUCUACCUGGUGUUCACUCCUUUCUGGCCUCUGCCGGUACUCUACACUGCCUGGCUUCUUCUGGACUGGAAGACACCUGAGCAAGGUGGCAGGCGCGUGGCCUGGGUACGGAACUGGCAAGUCUGGACCAAGCUCCGAGACUACUUCCCCAUUUCGCUCCUGAAAACCAAGGACCUGUGUCCAGAGCAAAACUAUAUCAUGGGCGUUCACCCCCAUGGCAUCCUGACCUUUGGAGGCUUCUGCAACUUCUGCACCGAAGCCACAGGCUUCUCCUCCGUCUUCCCUGGCAUCACGCCCCACCUGGCCACCCUCUCCUGGUUCUUCAAGAUCCCCCUUAUCAGGGAGUACCUCAUGGCCAAAGGUGUGUGCCCAGUGAGUCAGUCAUCCCUUGACUACCUGCUAUCGCGGAAUGGCCCGGGGAACCUGGUGGGCAUCGUCAUUGGGGGCGUUGGGGAGGCGCUGCAGAGCGUGCCGAACAGCACGUCACUCCUCAUCAAGAAGCGGAAAGGGUUCGUCCGCACGGCCCUCCGGCACGGGGCUCACUUGGUCCCCACCUUCACCUUUGGGGAGACCGAGGUCUACCACCAGGUGCUGUUCCCCGAGGGCAGCCGCAUGUACCGAUUUCAGUGCUGGUUUCAGGGCAUGGUGGGUUUCUACUUCUGUGUCUUCUAUGGACGUGGCUUCUUCCAGAACUUCUGGGGACUCCUACCACUGCACAAGCCCAUCGUCACCAUCGUCGGGGAGCCCAUAAUAGUGCCCAGGAUUGAGAACCCAAGCCAAGAAACAGUGGACAAGUACCACGCCCUGUACAUGGAGGCCCUGCGGAAGUUGUUUGAUGAGCACAAGACCCAGUAUGGGGUCUCUGAGACCCAGGAACUGACAUUCCUUUGA